AUGUAUACUCUAUAUUUGAAUAUGAGUGUUGAAAAGCUAUAUGUUCCUGAUCGGGCCGGCCAUCUCUUACGCCAUUUUGUGCCGAAGUUCCAACGCAGGAGUCCAUUAAUAAAUCGUGGAUACUGGCUGCGCAUGGAGCUUGUCAAACAAACCGUGGAGGAGUUUCUUAGUUCCAAUACGGGUGUCACUAAACAUCUUGUCAACCUUGGGUGUGGUUUUGACCCCUUACCGCUUCAUUAUUUGCGCCAAUACCCUGGCGUUGAUUUUAUUGAUGUCGAUUAUCCGCAAUCUAUACGGCGCAAAGCUGAGAUCAUACAAAAUACUCCAGAACUCAACGGACUUUUAAUUGAUCCCCAGUAUUCAGUAGACUUGGACACAAUCAUGAUUUCUUCAGCCAACUACACUGCUAUCGGGACCGAUCUCCGCGAUCUCUGCAAAUUUGACGAAAUCCUUCGAGCCCGCUGCCAAGCUAACGAUGAGACACUGUUUAUUAGCGAAGUCGCAAUAACAUACAUGUCAGUGGAAGAUGCUGAUUCUUUGAUAAAAUGGGCUGCGCAGUUUCCUGGUGCUAAAUUUGCAUUAAUUGAACAAAUACUACCUGCUAGCGAAAAACAUCCGUUCGCAAAGACUAUGCUUUCGCAUUUCCGGAAAAUACAAUCGGCACUCCAAAAUAUCGGAAAAUACCCUUCACUUACCUCCCAGGUUAAAAGGUUCCACACCUAUGGCUGGAGCUCGGUGGUAGCUUGUGAUUUUUACGGGGCCUGGUGUAAUCUGGUAUCUACUGAACAGAAGAGUUUUGUUGAGUCCGUCGAAGCUUUUGACGAAUGGGAGGAUUUCGUAUCUUUCGGGCAGCACUAUUUCUUCCUCUAUGCGAGCUCUAGAAUACCAGAUGGUAAACAUAUGAGUUUGUCUACACGUGAAUGGUUGGGGGGUAGUCGCAUUACCACGCAAGAAAUUGUGGAGCCAGACGUUAAGAGCCUGCAGAAUUCUCAAGUACCUACUCUCACUGCAAGCCUUGAAUACCGUAAGUACUGGCAACCUGGAUUUGAUCGUCGAAAAUUUGGGGCCGCGGCAAAGCUUAGUGACGGCGCAGCCAUCUACUACGGUGGUAUGGAUACCAAAUCUCGGUCGUCUAUGACCUAUAUUUUUGAUGACACACAUAUGAAAGUCUCACGGAUUGACUCGAAUCCACAACCUGCUCCCCGAAUGUGCCAUACACUUACCAAUUUUGGUAACCGCAGAGUGUUAUUAGUGGGCGGUCGGGGAAAUCCUAAGUCAGCAUUGGCCGACUGCUGGUUAUUCAAUGGAUCGGUCUGGGCCCGAGUCCAGGAUCUUCCAAACGGUAGGUAUAGACACUCGGCAACUCAUAUUUCUAUCGAAGGUGAGGACCGCGUACUUGUGUUUGGUGGGCGAGGUAACGGCAACGAAGUUUACAAUACCUGGGUUAUAUGGUCAGAGCCAAAUGGCUGGAGUGAAGUUACAUCUAUUGGAACCCCUCCAACUUCUCGGUUCUCCGCGAGCUUGUCAUGGUUCCCUUCGACAGCAACCGGUGUUCUGACCGGUGGGUUUUCUCGAGACGGCAAUAUCAUCUCAGAUAUUUUAUUUUGGUCAUUUAAUAGCUCGGGGUCAAUAGAGCACCAACAGUGGCGCCCGCUUUCCAAAUUUGAGAGUAGUCUUCUAUGCCGAGCAGGGGCCCAGCUCAUCCCAAUUGGCAGUACAGAGGCAUUGCUUGUGGGAGGGAUGCUAGCUCAUUGCCUAUCGGCAGAUUUCCCUGGUACUUUCCUACGUCUUAAUAUCUCGAAUCAAACGAUAGAGCCCUUAUACACCAUACUCCCGGGCAAAGAGCAAGAUGUGAGGCCAGUUUUGAUGGGUUGUGCCUAUGUAUGGUUGAACAACCGACUUCAUAUCUUCGGUGGGGGCAUAACAGCAUUCAGUAUGGGUUCGUUUUGGAGUCUUUGUACAGGGAUUUUAGAAAUCGAUCAGCUCAGACCAGUUGAGCUCAGCUCAAGGCCAACAAAGCCGCAGUUGCAACCUGCUCCUUCGCAGAGUAUUAACUUAGCGGGUAUGUACUCUGAAGUUAACUCUCCUAAGCCAAUCCCAGUGGAAAUAUAUACGCUAGCACGGAACCCCAUCGAGAUACAAUCAGCAAUCUGUCGCCGAGUUCCCCUCCUAUUUGACAACCUUUCAUUUGGAGAGUGUACUAGAGUUUGGAGCCCAGAAUAUCUCAAGGCCGCUUUCGGGGAGUCUAGAGAAGUGAUCGUGCAUCGAGUGACUUCGCCAGAUCAGAACCAAUCACUUCACCUAAACUUCAAUUCCAAGAAUUUUAAUUAUCAACAGAUGAAUCUCUCGACUUUUAUUGAUCUGGCUUUUGCGGACGAACCGACUACAUUAUGCUAUUUAAGAUCCAUAUCUCAAAAACCAACAAAACACCCGUCGUUAUUCCAUCGCGAUUUCCCAGAAAUCAGCACCGAUUUCCAUAUUCCAGAUGAACUCUUAUUUAUCGAAGACUCAUUACAUUCUUCACCAUUGAGGGUAUCUAGCCCUGGGGUUGGAAUAUGGCUGCACUACGAUGUGUGCGCCAACUUUCUCUUCCAUAUCAAGGGAGAAAAGAGAUUGCUGUGA